GGUAAAAGUGUUUAGAUCGAGAGCACUAAAAAUUGGCUCUAAAACGGAAAAAAUUGAAUAUUUGGAGUUGAUGGAACGGUAUAAAUUGAGGAACGAAGUGAUGGAUGAACGAACGCCGCUAGCAUCAGCAUUAGGAGCGCCUUCCUACAUUGUCUCCAGUGAAGAAUUGCCUUAUUCGACUCCAAGAAAUACGAAAGUUAAGCAGUUCCAAUGUUGCAUUUGCACUUCUUUGAUUUCAGCCUUCGUGUGUGCGUUAAUAAUCGCAAUAUGUUAUUCAAUGGCGAACCCCAGUAGUUUUCCAAUCGCUAAUUUGACGAUAUUUGACGUGAAUGAAACAGAUUUUAAUACGACGACGGCGGAUUCUUCUGUGAUUUUGGCUUUAAUUAACUUGCCUCUUGAUGACGAACCUGAAGUUACUUGGAAUGGUCCGAACGUUACUCAGGAGCAACAGGAUCAAGCAAUUAAGGAUGGGAGAACAGCAUUGGGCGAUAAAGAAAUGCUUGAAGAGUCGCUAAAACCUCCUCCGGUAUUUUCGCCGACGUUUAAACAUCAAAAAGCUGUCAGUACGACACUUUUGGCGAGACAAUUGUCUAAAACGGGAUUCGUUGAAGAUCAUGCCACACGAAGUUUGGUCAAAAAACAUGGGAAGGUUCAACGUAAAAAUAGCAACAAACGAUUGCAUAUAGGACGAGGUCCUCGCAUCACUUUAGACAUAACUCCUCAAUUAAACUCCUCAUUUUGUGAUUUCAACGCGAAAUUUCGUACUGCCAACGGAACAUGCAACAACAAAGAGAAUCCCAACACUUUCGGAGUCGCUUUUCGCCCGUUUCGUCGUUCAAUAAACCCAGAUUACGCUGAUGGCAUUUCCGAACCACGUUGCGACAAACACGGAGAUCCGCUGCCAUCUGCUCGUCAAGUUUCCCUUCAAAUUCAUCGUCCUUCGUACCAAACAGAUCCACAUUUUACCGUCAUGCUGGCUGUUUGGGGACAAUUUUUGGAUCACGAUAUCACAGCAACAGCUGCCAGUCAAGGCUCCAACGGCGAACCGAUCGAUUGUUGUGCCUUGCAACAAGGAGACACUUCCCAUCCGGAAUGUUUUCCGGUCCCAAUUGACGCUGAAGAUCCCUUUUUCCAGCAAUAUAACGUCACUUGCAUGAAUUUUGUGCGUUCAGCUCCUGCGCCAACGGGUCAUUUCGGGCAUCGCGAACAAAUGAAUCAAGCAACGGCAUUUAUUGAUGGUUCUGUCGUUUACGGAAGCACGGAAGAGAAACAAAAAUCACUUAGAACGUUAAAAGACGGGAAAUUGAGAAUGUUGGUGCAAAGUAAUAACCGAGAGCUGUUGCCGGUGUCGAAAGAUCCGAAUGACGGAUGUAACGAAGAUGAGCAAAAUGCGAGGGGGCGUUAUUGUUUCGACUCGGGCGAUGCACGAGCUAAUGAAAAUCUGCAUUUGACGUCGAUGCAUUUGAUUUGGGCACGACAUCACAACUAUAUUGUCGAAAAUUUGGCGCGACUCAAUCCACAUUGGGAUGACGAACGACUUUUUCAGGAAGGUCGGAAGAUUUUGGGAGCACAAAUGCAGCAUAUUACCUACAAUGAGUUCUUGUCAGUGGUUUUGGGGAAGCAAAGUAGCGACAAAUUUGGAAUUAUUUCACAGCCGAAGAGUAAAAGAGAUACUUACAAUGCAUCCGUUGAUCCUUCAAUUGCGAAUCAUUUUGCUGCAGCUGCUUUUCGUUUUGCUCAUACAUUGCUUCCGCGCUUAUUCCUGAUAACCAAAGACACAACAUCUCCCGAAGCGAUCGCCAUGCAUCGAAUGUUGUUCAACCCAUACUCACUUUACAACAAAGACGGCUUAGAUAAUGCGAUGGAUAGUGCCAUGAACACUCCUCUGGAGAAAGCUGAUCCAUAUUUCAAUGACGAAUUGAAAGACAAACUCUUCCAAAGACCUGAAAAAGAAACCAAAAAUGAGAAAAACCCUCAAGAAAGCAGCAAAAAGGGUCUCAAACCAUGCGGAUUAGACUUAGUUUCGCUCAACAUUCAACGGGGACGUGAUCAUGGAUUGCCAUCGUAUCCAGAAUUCCGAAAAUAUUGCAAUUUGCCGCCCGUUGACACAUGGGAGGAGAUGGAAAAAGCUGUUGAUGGCGCGUCACUUCGACGUAUGAAGGAUAUUUACAAAGAUCCUUUUAACGUCGAUCCAUACACCGGAGGUCUCAGCGAGCCCCCAAUGAAUGGCGGAAUUUUGGGUCCUUUAUUCACGUGUCUCAUUGCCGAUCAAUUUGUGCGUCUCAAACAAGGCGAUUCCUUUUGGUAUGAACGUCGUGUAGGUCCUCAGGCAUUUACGAGACCUCAACUCGAGCAAAUUUACUCAACUUUGCUAUCGUCGAUCAUUUGUCGCAACUCCGAUAAAGUCACAUUCACCCAACGAUAUGUAAUGAAAAGAUCAGGAAACUCAAAUUUAUUGGAAGAUUGCAAAUCCUUGGAUACUUUUGACUUUGGCCCGUGGAAAGAAAAUCAAGAAAGUAACGGAAGGACCUAUUAUCGCGUCGAAAUGGGCAACGAAGUACCAAAUAUCAAAGUAAUGCACGGAAAUAACGUGCCGCGAGUUGAAAAUAGAUUGGAAGAUGUGCCAGAAAUGAUGAAUGUGACAUCAACCACGACGUCAACUACCGAAAAAAGUCGUGAAACAACAUCAUUAGGACCUGAAACGACAACGACAAUGAAAAAUGGCAAUAAUUCAACGACAGAAUCAACAACUGCAAUGAACAAUCAAACAAAUUUAGUAUGAUUUUAACGAUUCUCAAGGACUCUCAAUAAAUC